AUGAGAAGCGGAACGCCAGCCUCCCAGCCACCCGCGUCGGCGAAGGAGUCCGAGAAGAUCCCUGAAGAACUCAUCCUCGCGACGAAAUCUGCCGUGGACAUGGGGGCGAGCUUCGAGAAGAGGAAGCUGCUGCCGUGCAAUGGUAGGUCGUACCCGGCCGCCGCCGUCUUGGCUGCGAUCGAGGAGCUCAAGAACGCCGAAGGAGGCGUCGAGGACAUCGGAGCGCGUCGAAAGAGCAAGCACUGCGUCCCUCGGUUCUGUGAGAUGGUGGCAAUGAAUCUCGAUAAGUGGUUUAGGCACCGGACACAGCUAAGCAAGGCAGAGCUGCACAACAAGCUGACCGGCAAGACCCGCCCCGCCAUGGUAGAGCUUUGGGAAGAGUUCAAGGACCGCAAAGUGUUGGUGAGAUAUAGUGCAUGUAGAAGCAAGCCGAACAUUACCUUCGACAAGUUCACCACGAUGAAGAACGAGAUCAUCAAGGACCUCGGCGACAUGUACGUCAACGUCAAUAAAUCCGGGCACCACGAAGAGAUGUACUCCUUCUGCAAGGGCUUGUGCGUGUUUCGUUCUUUGUUUGGUGUUUUGCCUUGCCCUCCCGGAAGCGAGUUUACUGGGACGGGCAAGAGACUCCCGACGCAGGAGAGCCCCGAAUCGAAGACUAUCAUGUCUCUUUGGCUUUCUUUCGUUCUUACGCAGUUGAAACUGGAGAAACACCUCAGGCUCCAAGCACGUACCAGCUCACCCCGACCCCCCUCGCACCAUGACUAUCCCGCGCUGACCGCACUACGCAAUACACCAGGAAGCCUGGACACGUACUACUACGGCCUGAUGUGCGAAAGGUACCCUGGGAUCGAGCAGGCCAGCAGUCAGAUGCUCCCUGAAGGCACGGAAAACGAAAACACGGGGGUGGGGGGGGUGGCAGACGAACCGACAGGCGCCGAAGGAGCCGCGGCCGACGCCAGCAGGAGGGCGGGGGCAAAAUGGGACUCGACGGAGAGGGACGCCACCCUUGGCGUGCAAGAGAAGAAGAAAAAGAAGGAGAAGGAGAUCGAGGACGCGGCGAAGGUCGUUGCCUCAGCAGCAACGGAAGAACUGGGUCUUGGGGCGGGCUUGGCGUCGCUGCUGGGUAUGCCUUCCAGCCCCAAGUAUUCCGACGCCCCCACCUCCUUCUACGACACCAUCGAGGGGUGCGAGACUAGGAACAAGAAACUCGAAUACUCCGCUCGUCUCCGCCAAACACUUGCGGACAUCAAGGAGGACAUCAGGAAGGAGAAAGCGCGGGGUUCAGAGCAACUGUCAUGAUAGGAGGUGGAGAU